CCGCCGCCGCGGGAUCGCGCCCCUCCCCCAGCCCCCGGCCCCUCCGGCCCGCGGGGAGCGGACGCGCGCGCGGCUGCUCGAGAGAAUCACUGAAUUUCAAAGCCAGAAAGGAUUUCGAAGAUCAUCCAGACGGCUCCUAGAGGAAUUUGUGGUCCUGGGUCAUUAAGCACCUUGAAAAGAACUAUGGUGGGAUGGUCCGUGGAGCCGGACCCAGGAUGCUCCCGGGGUGUGGAUGACCAGCCGCCCAACCCCGCACGGCCCAGGCCCGGAUGCCGCGCCCUUGUCUCCUGACCCGGGGACCCCGCCCGUCGCGGGACUGAGCUUCCCGAAGCCGCCGAGCGAGCGGCGACGGCACAGGGACCCGGGGGAAGGGGCUCGGCGCCGGCGGGAAACAUUUUCCCCCAGCGGCUCGGCAAGAUGACCAGCCUGUUCCGCCGGAGCAGCGGCGGCGGCGGCGGCGGCGGGGGCGGCUCGGCGGCGGCGCGCGGGGCUGGGGGCAGCGCGGCCGCCUCGCAGGAGCUCAACAACAGCCGGCCCGCCCGCCAGGUGCGCCGCCUCGAGUUCAACCAGGCCAUGGACGACUUCAAGACCAUGUUCCCCAACAUGGAUUACGACAUCAUCGAGUGCGUGCUGCGUGCCAACAGCGGCGCCGUGGACGCCACCAUCGACCAGCUGCUGCAGAUGAACCUGGAGGCGGGUGGCGGCAGCGUCUACGAGGACAGCUCGGACUCGGAGGACAGCAUCCCCCCGGAGAUUUUGGAAAGGACCUUGGAACCUGAUAGCUCUGAUGAGGAGCCCCCGCCUGUGUACUCCCCUCCAGCCUACCACAUGCACAUGUUCGACAGGCCUUACCCUCUGGCCCCCCCCACUCCACCUCCCCGCAUCGACGUGCUGGGCUCCGCGCCCCCCUCCGGCCAGAGGCGCUAUCGGAACUGGAACCCCCCACUGCUAGGCAACCUCCCCGAAGACUUUCUCCGCAUCCUGCCCCAGCAGCUGGACAGCAUACAGGCUAACUCUGGGGGCUCCAAGCCUGCGAGCACAGAGGGAGGCCUGCCCCUCACAGCCGGGCCCGGACCCCGGGACCAGGAGAACCGCUGGAAGCAAUACCUGGAGGACGAGAGGAUCGCGCUCUUCCUGCAGAACGAGGAGUUCAUGAAGGAGCUGCAGCGCAACCGCGAUUUCCUCCUCGCCCUGGAGAGAGAUCGAUUGAAAUACGAGUCCCAGAAAUCUACAUCCAGCAGCGUAGCUGUGGGAAAUGACUUUGACUUUCCCGCUCCUGUCCCAGGAACCAGCGACAACAACCCCGCUGUGUCUGAAGAUGCCUUAUUCAGGGACAAGUUGAAACACAUGGGAAAAUCCACCCGGAGGAAGCUGUUUGAACUGGCCAGGGCCUUCUCGGAGAAGACCAAGAUGAGGAAGUCAAAGAGGAAACACUUGUUGAAGCAUCAGUCACUGGGGGCUGCGGCAUCAACAGCCAAUCUCCUGGACGACGUGGAGGGCCACACUUGUGAUGAGGAAACUGAGGGAAGAACUUGUCCAAGGCCUCAGAGCUCAUCGAUAGAGACAGAGCAGCAGCCAGGGGUCCUAACCCCGCACCGUGCCCAGUUGCCCCUCACCAGACCCACGCAUCGCCCCGGGGGAUCAGUGUGUGCCCCGGCAAACAAGGGUGGAGAGAGUUGGAUGAAGACUUCCGGGGAAGGCGACAGGAGGUGCCCAAGGUGGAGGAAGCACUAAGGGAAGGACGGUAAGAGAUGCAGCAGUUUCUCCUCGCCGGAGACCAUCUGACCCGGCAGACGCAGCCAGAGAGCAAACCGGCCCUCCGCUGAAGAGCCCAGCUGCAGCCGGACGGAUGGUGCUUGAGUUCUGAGGCCCAGUGGUUCUCCGGCCACAGUCCAGCCCAGCCACUGCCACUGCCACUUCCCAAGGGACUUAGAACUUCGGAGUUGCAUGCUGUCAUUGGAGGGAGGGCCUGAGGGUGGAGGCAACAGCCAACCACAGUCCCUUUUGUAGCCAGGCUGUUCUAUGGGGACCGAGUGGAAAUGUAGGAUCUAACCCCUCUUCUUAAAAAAAAAAAAAAAAAACCACCCAGAAAACUGUCAAACGUUGGAGUACCCAAAAGGGGAGGGUGAUCCUACCAGAGGCUCGUUGGCCUGAAGGUGGAGCCCCUGCCCCCGUCUUGCCCUGGUCUCUCCUGUCGGGCCACAGACACUGCCUGAUCCCCUACCCCCAUCCCCAGCUCCCUUCUGGGCACCUAGGGUCCUUUAUUCCCAUGGCCUUCUGCAUCUCAGUCUUUCCCCAGGGGUGCUGGUCCUUGGCACACCCCUGCACGGAGCUCUGGGUGAGAGAGCCCUGGGCAGUCACUCGGGCCCGCUCUGAGGAGUGAUGGGCCACGGCAGAGAGGUAUCUGCUGAGUACCCUGCCUGGGCCCCUCGGGCCGCCUCUGUUAGGGGCUGGCAAGGGCCCCCAGCAGGGAUGGGGAGGCUGGCCACCCCGGAGCUGGCGGAUUCUAGCUAGGCAGGGGUAGUCUUUACUCUGACAGAAGACAAAAGUCAGUUCUGGAUGGGAUCCUGUAGUCCCACGACACGGGGGGGCUCGAGGGGCUCUGACUUCCCAGUUGGCCUAGAAGUUCUGCUGUCAUUAAGGGUGGGCAGCGGCCAGUUCUUUAGUAACCCUGAGCAGGUGCAGGACUGAGGGGCGAGAAGGAGAGGCUGCCAGCCGGGCCAGAGCCCCUGGGGCACAAGGGCUUGCUGGGUGCCCCUUGCCAAGAGUGAGAAGGCAAAUGGCCAGGAGGAAAACAAGGGUCCUACGAACCUGACCCGGCACCAACCACUGCCAACGGGAGGGAGGGAGGAAGGGAGGGGCAGCCCAGCUUCUGUGGCCCAGCUGGAGAUGGGAAGGCGCCGACCUCGGGAGAACCGGCGAGCCAGGGCAGGCGCGAGGCUAGGGCCCGAGCGGGGAGCCAGCCCAGCGGCACAGCGGUGGGGCAGUGGGAGCAGGCGCCAAGCCUGGCGGGCCACCUCGAGAUAAUGAGGGCGUGGCGGGCUCCCCGCGGUGCCGGAGGGGGACCCUGGCCCGGCUCAGCAUCCCGAGCGAGUGCGGAAGUGCUGCCGCCCUCCCAUCCCCACCGCCCCCCAAGGGCCACUGAUGACCGGGCACAGCAGAGGGGGAGCGCCAGUCGCCCCCCCACCCCACCCCACCCCCGUCUGUGUGUGUGGCUUUGUCAGUUUUCUUGUUUUUGUUUUUUCUCCUACGUGUGGGUUUUUUCUUGGAGCAGUUUCAUAGGAAUUCGUGUAAUAAAGACUUGGUGUUCUCUUGGUGCUCUGA